AUGGACUGCCUGCCCCAGCGACCCCCGGGCCGCAUCAUCCGGCAGGUCCCGCAGAUUGAGGAGGCUGCCGCCAGGCUAAAGGAGCUGCAGGAGACGGAUGAGGUGGAAGCCGCGCAGUCCUUGCUGGUCCGCAUGGUGAGCAUCGAUGAGGCAAGCUUCUGCAGCGUCUUCCCCCAUGCUCAGCCCGAAACCCUGCAAAUGCCGGACAUCAUGGGCAGGACCUUGCUUCACUAUGCGGCUGCCCUCGGUAAGCUGAGUGCGCUCUCGCUUCUGCUGGCGUCAGAUGCGGUGGACCCAAACGCCCGUGAUGAUGUGGGCGAUACCCCGCUGCAUCUAGCCGCAGGCAACGGAGAGCGUGGAACCUGUGAGUUGCUCUUGGGCCACCCGCGCGUUGACCGGACGGUGCAGGAUGAUCUCGGGAGAACGGCGCUGGACGUCGCCCACUCGGCAGCAGCCCACUACUUUGCAACAGAGGCCGUGCACGCCCUGGCCAGAAAAGCUCUGGCCAUCUGA